CGAUAGAUCGCGUCCGUCCAACGAGGAUGCAAUGGCGGCAUGUGCUGCUCGUGCUGGUUCUGCGAAUCGUCCCUGUUGAGUGCCGCCGGGCGCGGCAACCACCCCUCCACGAUGGAGGCAACGAUGGGUGCACCUUGGACUUUGGUGUCGGCAGAUUGACGAUGCCGUGUCGAGCUGCAGACUUUGGGGAGUUUGUGAGUACACGGGCCGAGGACAUUCGUGUGGUUACUGCAGCUCCUAUCCAUGCCUGCCCCGGCUUAACUAUCGAUGCUGCGCCAGAGAUGGCGGGAGACGAUAGAGCACUGUUUGUCGUCCAUCGUGGUGCGUGCUCCUUCGCGGACAAAGUCCGCCAAGUAAAGCAAUGGGGUGGGCGGUACAUUGUGAUCGUCAACAGCGACAACUCGUUCCUUCGAAUGCAAUCGCCCGACUGGGUUGAUGCCAGCGUCGUGGCAGUGUCCGUCCGUCACGACGAUGGCACACGGCUGAUUGAGUAUGCACAAAACAUUGCAGCGGCGCCACUGUCGCCAUUUGCUAUCACGCAUCCCAUGUCCGGCUAUGCACUUUGCUUGGACCGCAUCGCGUCGCUGCUUCAGAUCAACGCGCCACGAACUGCAGCCGACACCUUUGCACACUGCGCACCCCACACAACAUUCCCCCCGACUUCAGACGACCUCGUCCUGCCAAACGAAGAAAUCGCUGGAUUUUAUUCCCGCGUGGCGGCGCUGUUUCAAGCGUCGGGAUUCCAAUUCACCGACUUCGUGCGGCUGCCCAUGCUGGAAGCGUCGUACUUCGCGCUGCAUUGUGCGGUCACUCCGACGCCAGUCGUUCACAACCGUUUGGCCAGCGCAUACCUUGAGACUGGCAACUUUUUUCUUGCCGCUGAACAUUUUGUUCAAGCCGUUCGAGGCACCAACGACGGCGGCGGCGCGGCAAGUUGCGAUGCUGCUCUCGCGUAUUUCCUCGAUGGAAACUACGCAUCGUCGCUCGAAUGGUAUUCGACAUGCCAAACAACUCAAGGGGCUGCCGCGCACCACUUUCCUCCGCUAUACAACACACCCGCAUCGAGCCUACGUCAGCUUUUCGCGACCCCACUGGCGGCCGCGGAUAAGGCAUGCCUCGCAGCGACAUGGCCCGCGCCACUCGAUUCCACGUGCUGCAUCGCCACCUUGGACGACCAGCAACGAGUCACAUGGACCUUUCAGUCGCCAUUUGUCCAGUUUCUAUUUGAAACGUAUACACUCGUGGGUGUAUUUCUCGACGAGCUUGGGGCAUUCAACUCCUCCCUCGUGCAUUUCACCCUUGGCCACCACCUCUGCGGCCCAGCGUCCGGCCUGCACAUUCGCGCCGCCACUGCGAUCCCGAUUGUGUUUGACAGCGACGACGACAUGCACGUGUUCCUUGCAGAGUUCGCGAGCCGUGUCGGCCGCUUGAAUAGGACGGGCGUCGAUGCUGACGUGGCAGGAAACAUUCGCGCCGAGCACGCGGCCUAUCUGAAGUGGACCAUCACGCCUCCCACCAUGUUUGUGGGGUACCAGGGAGUGGAUGUGGCGCAUCUUCAAGUAGCGGUGGCAAGCAUGUACCAGCGACUGUAUCCGUCCCUCGCGCGUCCGCUCGAGAUGCCGCCGCCGCCGCCGCUCGAUACCCGUCAAACCAAGAUCAAAGUCGGCUUUGUUUCGUCAUGGUUUCGUGUGCAUUCUGUCGGAAAACUCAUCCAGCGCGUCAUCGAAACCAUCGAUCGAAACCAAUUCCACGUCGUUGUGUUGGCCGCCACGCAUUUCUUUCCACAUGACACCGUCGCGACGUCCACCACCACAGAUGCCAUCACACGCGCGAUCCAAGAGGCGGCCGAUGCCUUUGUCGUGCUGCCGGCUUCGCAGGACAUGGCGAUGCACAUGAUCUUGCAGGAAGCUCUUGACGUCCUGGUGUAUCCUGAGAUUGGCAUGGACGCCUGGAUGUACUUCCUCGCGCACCGGCGGCUCGCCCCGAUCCAGUGCAUGUUUUGGGGCCAUCCGAUCACGACAGGGUUGCCGUCGAUCGAUUACUUUAUUGCAUCGGAGUUUUUCUUUGCAGACUUUUUUGAAUCGAACGACGGGCGUCGUAUGGACGAAAUGCACGGGGGCGCCACGUACACGGAGCAACUCGUGCUCUUCUCGGACCUGUCGACGUACUUUUCCAAGCCCAGAGCACUCCCUCCAGUCGACGACGCAGUGGCAGCAUCCAUGCGAGCGACGUUGCAUCUUCCAGCGUCGGGGCGCAUCUACCUCUGCCCUCAGACGCUGAUGAAGCUCCACGUGGCGUUUGAUCAAGCCAUCCUCGGUCUCCUCAAACUCGACACGGACGGCCAUGUCGUGCUGCUGUACUCGCCAAAGCAACUGCUCUGGAAAGACAAAGUGCAUCGCCGGCUCGGUCGGACGCUCGGCAACCGUCUGGUUCGCCGUGUUUUAUUUGUCGCGACGCUGCCGCACGACAAGUUUAUGCAGCUUCUCGCGAUCGCCGACGUCAUGAUCGAUCCGUUUCCGUUCGGCGGAGGCGUGACGACGCUCGAUGCGUUCGCAGCUGGCCUGUACGUGGCCUUGCACAUGGUCUCGAUGCUGACCAUCGCACGAUGGCUCACGUCGUUUUGUGUUUGGCGCAGGCCCGUGGUCACGUUGCCGUCGCGGCAGUCGGUGCUGCAGCUCACCGCGGGGUUUUAUCGGUACCUUUCUCUGUCGACGCACUUGAUUGCUUCCAAUCUGGACGAGUUCGUCGCGCAUGCCGUGGCGAUCGCGACCAACUCGACCCUCAAGCUGGCUCUGCAGCAAACCAUACACGACCGCCUCCACGACCGCUUUGACAUCCCGGACGACGGUCCGCACGAAUGGAAUACGUUCCUGGCCAACGUCGUCAUGUCAUCGACCAACGGAUCGCCCAGGUUCAGUGCUAUGGUGACGAGAAAAGACGGGACAGACCUCGACCGAGCGUCCUCCAAAAUACAUAGACACGUGGGCUAGCAUCGCGCUCCACGGCACUCUUCAUUCCAGUGUGCACGCAUCCUCAUUCGGGCCGGAGGUGAUGGCGGACAUGCCGCAGUGUGCCCACCACGACCGAGCGCGAUGCGUGGACUGUUGGGACGGAGCGGUAGGAUCAAGUGAGGCCGUGUUUAAAUAAGGCGGCGCCUGGCUUCUUGUCGAC